AUAAGCAGACUUGUAUCCUAGGGAUGGGACCUGAAUUGAACACAUCAGAAGUUCCACCUGCAAAUAUAAUCAUUUUAGAGAAUGGCCUUGAGAUUCAUCAUCAGCAAACAGAAAUGGGAAGAAAUCAAUCAAACCCUACAACUUUCAUCCUUCUGGGGUUUGGCAAUCUCCUUGGGUUGCAAAUUCUCCUCUUCAUAUUGUUCCUUGCCAUCUAUGCUCUGUCUCUUGUUGGGAAUCUUCUAAUUGUUUUUCUUGUUAUGGUUGACCAGCAUCUUCAUACCCCCAUGUACUUCUUCCUCAUGAACUUGUCUUGCUUGGACACCUGCUACAUUUCAACCAUCCUUCCAAGGAUGCUGGCCAGUUUCCUCACAGGGGAUAGGUCCAUAUCCGUUAAGGGAUGCUUCACACAAUAUUACUUCUUUGGUUUCUGUGUAGCUACUGAAUGCUAUCUUCUGGCAACGAUGUCUUAUGAUCGGUAUUUGGCAAUAUGUAAACCUCUGCACUACACUGCCAUUAUGAGUGGUAGACUCUGCAUCCAGUUAGCAUUUGCAUCUUGGAUGACCGGCCUGGUGACCAACACUAUUGUAACUUCUCUUAUGCUAAAACUAACUUUCUGUGGACCAAAUGAAAUUGAUGAUUUCUUUUGUGAUGUAUAUCCAGUGGCAAACCUCUCCUGUAGCAAUACCCACCUAGUAAAACUUGCAGUUUUUCUUCUAGGGCUGAUGGGAACAGUUCCCCCUUUUCUACUAACUUUGGCCUCCUAUACCUACAUUAUUUUCACUAUCUUGCAAAUUAAAUCUAAAGCAGCACAACAAAAGGCCUUCUCCACCUGCUCAUCUCAUCUCAUAGUUGUGACACUUUUCUAUGGGUCGAUAUUCCUUGUCUAUGUAUUCCCUGCAACAGUAACACUGAAGAGGCUACGCAAAAUCUUCUCUCUGUUCUAUACCAUCUUGACUCCCUUGCUCAACCCCCUCAUAUACAGUUUGAGAAACAGAGAUGUGAAGGAAGCUUUGUCCAGAUCUGUCAGAAAAGUCAACAACACGGUUUCAUAA